UGGGGCUGAUUACCUCUGCAGUCCUUGGUAGCUUGGUACUGCCUGGGUUAAUGACACCAGCGACGAGAUAAGGCCCAACCCUCUUGAUAUCCAGGCGUUACUCCACCAGCUCCCUUUCAUUGAGAAAAGCUUAUUGGUUUCCCAGGGUUAUUCCAGCAGUCACCUGGCAGAGCACACGGUUGUUUUUCACGGAGACUAUAUUGACAAGUCAAGGUCCACUGAGCGGGGUGGGUUGGCCCUAUAAAUACAGGGACACUGGCGUUAGCAGCAGCAGUACUCACAAGCUCAUCCUAUGAGAGGACACUUGCAUUUGACUACGCAGAUCUACACCAAGCUACAAAAUGGAUAAUGAGUGUCAUUGUUCAGCCAACAGCGAAAGGCUUUCAAACCCUAUUCUCUACAACAUCCUGUGCCAAAUGGAUAACAGCAAACCAAGACAAAACAACUUCAACUACAAUUCAGUACCACAUAGAUGCAACUGCGAGCUACGACGGACAGUGUGCCUGAAAAGGCCAGCUGAGAUUUGCAAAGAAGCUUCAGCAGUUCUGGUUAAAACCGUCCAUUUCAUGAAGAACUUGCCUGCUUUUAACCAGCUGCCACCAAACGACCAGUUCUCACUUCUAAAAAGCUGCUGGGCGCCGCUCUUCAUUUUGGGUCUGGCCCAGGAGCAUGUGGACUUUGAGGUGAUGGACACCCCCACUGACAGCAUGUUGAAAAAGAUUCUGCUGAACCGUCAGGAGAGCCCUGAGAUGGAGAGGGAGCAGCCCACCAUGGCCGGUGUCAGCAAACUCAAGUCCUGCCUCAAAAAGUUUUGGAGUUUGGAUUUGAGUCCAAAGGAGUACGCAUAUCUCAAAGGGACCACAAUAUUUAAUCCAGAUGUUCCAGAUUUAAAGGCAGCUCUGUUCGUCGAAGGCUUGCAACAGGAGGCUCAGCAUGCCCUCAGCGAGGUGGUCCAACUCCUGCGCCCGGGGGACCAGGAGCGCUUUGCUCGCGUCCUCCUCACAGCCUCCGUGCUGCAGAGCAUCACGCCCAGCCUCAUCACCGAACUCUUCUUCCGGCCCGUGAUAGGCCAGGCCGAUCUGCUGGAGCUGCUGGUCGACAUGCUCUUCUGCAGAUAGGAGGAGGUGGAGGACCUCAUGUGACUGUCCUGGACAAAAGUUGAAUUUUUUAACAGCAGCGAUGCAGAACUUUUUUGUCAACCUCAGCAAUGUUCCCUCAUGAAAUGAAGGAAUGCCUAACAAAAAACAAAAACAAAAAAAACCACUUAUGAUUGAGCCAACAAACAUUGUGGAUUAGUAAACUAUGAAUGUAUUAUUGAAGCUGAGGUCACUUUAGCCCAGUCUGAAAAGAUUUUAUCUGCUGUAUCCACUGUUUGCUUUAGUGUUGUAAAUAUGUUUUGUCUGCAUUUACAGAACAUUUCAAAUAAAUAUAUUUUUGUACGUGAA